AGGACCCCGAGGGGUGCACUCCCUAAGGGGGAUAACUACCUCCUGCAGGACCGGGCGAGACUGGGCGGGAAGGGACGGGAGGGGACAGGAGAAGCCCUUCCCCUCCUCCUGUGCCAGCCGCCCAGGCCCUCACUCACUCCCAGAAGGGUUUUUCCCAGAGAGUGGAAAGCAAGAAAGUAACCUUUAGGAUUAAAGAGAAACAUUCCUUUGUUUUGGUUUUCUUUUUGUUUCCCCCCAAGCCUCUUUUCACAUCUGUAGUAGCUUUUUUCCUCUUGUCUGGGGGUCAUAGGAGAAGGGCCAGAGAAUGUCAUUCCAGGCAGCAGGGAACCAGACAUCCUCUGGGGCGACAGAUGACGACUCCUACGACAGCUGGUAUAUCGAUGAGCCCCAGGGCGGCCGGGAGCUCCAGCCGGAGGGGGUAGUGCCCUCGUGCCACCCCAGUGUGCCGCCCGGCCUCCCCCAUGCCUGCCUGGCCGUGCUGUCGGUUCUCGUGUUGCUGCUGCUGGCCAUGCUGGUGAGGCGCCGCCAGCUCUGGCCCCACUGUGGGCACGGCAGGCCUGGACUGCCCAGCCCUGUGGAUUUCUCAGCUGGGGACAAGCCCUGGACCGUGCCCGCUGCUGUCUUCAUGGUCCUCUUCAGCUCCCUGUGUUUGCUGCUCCCCACCGAGGACCCGCUGCCCUUCCUGACCCUGGCCUCACCACCCAGCCCAGGGCCUUGGAAGAUGCUGGCCCUGCUCUAUUACCCUGCCCUCUACUACCCUCUGGCCGCCUGUGCCACGGUCAGGCAUGGAGCCGCACUCCUGCUUGGCAGUGCACUGUCCUGGGCUCACUUUGGGGUCCAGGUCUGGCAGAGGGCAGAGUGUCCCCAGGCACCCAAGAUCUACAAGUACUACUCCCUGCUGGCCUCCCUGCCUCUCCUUCUGGGCCUCGGGUUCCUGAGCCUUUGGUACCCGGUGCAGCUGGUGAGAAGCUUCAGUCAUGGGACGGCAGCGGGCUCCGAGGGGCUGCAGAGCAGCUACUCUGAGGAAUAUCUGAGGACCCUCCUUUGCCGGAAGAAGCUGGAAAGCAACUCCCACACCUCCAAGCACAGCUUCCUGUCUCGGGCCUGGAUCUGCCUCAGACACCACAUCUACACUCCACAGCGAGGAUUCCGACUCCCCCUGAAGCUGGUGCUUUCUGCCACCCUGACAGGGACGGCCAUCUACCAGGUGGCCCUGCUGCUGCUGGCGGGCGUGGUACCCACCAUCCAGAAGGUGAGGGCGGGGAUCACCACGGACGUCUCCUACCUGCUGGCCGGCUUUGGGAUCGUGCUCUCCGAGGACAAGCAGGAGGUGGCAGAGCUGGUGAAGCACCACCUGUGGGCUCUGGAAGUUUGCUACGUCUUGGCCUUGGUCCUGUCUUGCUCACUCACCUUCCUCCUGCUGAUCCGCUCGCUGGUGACACACAGGGCCAACCUGCGAGCUCUGCACCGAGGGGCUGCCCUGGAUCGAGGUGCCCUGCCGCAGAGCCUCCACCCCUCCCGCCAGGCCGUAUUCUGCUGGAUGAGCUUCAGUGCCUACCAUACUGCUUUUACCUGCCUUGGGCUCCUGGUACAGCAGAUCAUCUUCUUCCUGGGGACCACAGCCCUGGCCUUCCUGGUGUUUAUGCCCAUGCUCCACGGCAGGAACCUCCUGCUCCUCAGAUCCCUGGAGUCCUCGUGGCCCUUCUGGCUGACCUUGGCCCUGGCUGUGAUCCUGCAGAACAUGGCAGCCCGCUGGGUCUUCCUGGAGACUCACCAUGGAUACCCAGACCUGACCAACCGGCGAGCGCUCUACGCACUCACCUUCCUUCUCUUCCUCAUCAACGUGCUGGUGGGCGCCGUGGUGGCCGCGUGGCGAGUGCUCCUCUCCGCCCUCUACAACGCCAUCCACCUUGGCCAGAUGGACCUCAGCCUGCUGCCACAGAGAGCCGCAGCUCUUGACCCCGGCUACCACACCUACUGCAACUUCUUGAAGAUCGAGGUUAACCAGUCGCAUCCAGCUGUGACCACCUUCUGUGCCCUGCUCCUGCGAACACUGAGGCCCCGGCCCCCCACAGCCCCCCAGGACGGCCUCAGACUGGGGGAGGAAGAAGAAGGGAUGCAGUUGCUGCAGACCAAGGACCCCAUGGCCAAGGGAGCGAGGCCCAGGGCCCAUCGAGGCAGGGCCCGCUGGGGCCUGGCGUACACGCUGCUUCACAAUCCGGCCCUGCAGGCCUUCCGGAAGACAGCCCUAUCAGGUGCCCGGGCCAACGGUGCCCAGCCCUGAGGAGGGAGGCCAAGCCACCGUGUCCUCGUCUGUGCCGGGUGCUUCCCCUCCCCCCAGCCCACUCCCUCCCCGGCUCUCCCAGCAUCACCCCAGCCAUGGCAGCCUCUCUGCUUGGCACCAGCUCUGCCAGCAGGUCCCCAGUGACCAGCCCCAGAGGCUGAGGGUUGCCAUGGUUGGCUGGAGGUCUGUCCACACUACAAGCGUUGGGAAGACUCUGGUCUGCCCCUUGGCCUCGAGGAGCCAGCGAAGGCUCUGGAGAAAGCAAUCAGUGGCUUAGCCCUUGGUCCAGGAGCCCAUGGAAGUCAGGCAGCCACAUCCUGGCUCCUCCUCAUGCUGGCUCUGCUGCCAGCAUCCAGGGCCUCCCUGAAGCCUUCUCCUGACCAGGCCUGGUGAUUCAGGCGGGGACAGCCUCAUAUUCCAGCUCGCCCCCCUCAGCCUUGGACUUUACCACCAUGGGACCAGACACAGUACUUCCUCUCCAGCUUUCCCCCUCCUCUCUGGGGGCCUCGUGGCCUGUAAGGCAGCCCAGGAGGAAGCCAUGGGCUCCUACCAGGCAGCAAAGUCAGCUCAAACCAGCCCCACACUGAGCUGCCCACACUUGAGAGCCUGAUAUUUUUGUAGUUGGUAUGCCUUUAGAUAUUAUGAAAGAGGUUAGUGUGUUCCUGGUAAUAAACUUGUCCCUGAGAAGCAGUCCUCCUCAGGGGGAGGGGCACGUGGGGAAAACUGCCCACACUGUCCA